UGUACGAAUUGUUCCGGAAUGCAUCCCCGCUUACUAUGUAAUUCCCAAAAUAAUUCUUUUACAGAAAACAGACAGUUCCAGCCGAGAGUACCGUAUAACUCAACCAAUUAUUCUCAUGGUAGCUAUCAACGACCAAUGCCUUUAUUUUCAAAUUACCAACCAGUUAAUCAGCCCGUAUAUGGAAAUUACACCCCUAUGGCAAACAAUAUUAAUGAACCCGUAAAUCAAACCGUUCCGACCGUAAACCCGGAAAAUAACCCUGUCAAUCCAGUAAAUCCACCCCAAACAAAUGUGUCCUCUGUUUCAGCACCCCGUGGCUCUAUCUUAUUAAAAUGUGUUAGAGCUCACAUAUUUAACCCGAAAAAUCCCUCGUUCUUUUCCCAAGUAAUUGUGCUUUUGGACGAUGCGAGCACAAACACGUACAUUCAUUUUGCUAAAGCUAAAGAGUUGCAAUUACCGUUAACCCCCACUUCGAUGAAUUUAGGAGUUUUUAACAAUCCCUACUCUAUUAAAACAAGUUCGUUUCUGACCGAAUUUGGAAUACGUUUGGCCGAUGGCCGUUCUCUUACAUUAAAAGCUAAUACACUCGAUCACUUGACUCAGCCUACCCGUUACGUUCCCUUCUCCCCUUCAUUACUUUCUUAUUCGAAUGAAUUGAUUUUCCAACCCGAAACUGUUGUUCCUGUUGUGUUAUUGGGUUCAGAUUUUUACUACGAUAUCGAACCGACCCCAAUUAUGAAAUUGCCCUCCGGUUAUACUCUCGUUCAUACCUUGUUGGGCAUAAUCGUGGCCGGAAAACCUUAUGAUUUUGCUCCAAAUAAUUUUAUUCGGCAUACUAAUUGUAUUACCCAAGAAACUACAGUACCCCCAUCUGAUUUCUUUACCCUUGAAGGAAUAGGAAUUAAUGAUGAACCGACUCCCGUAAAUUCCCAAAACGAUACGGUAUAUGAAGAAACGAUUAAAAAUAUUAAUUAUGUAAAUGGACGAUAUGAAGUGAAAUUACCCUUUAAAUCUGAUCCAUCCAGUAUACCCCUCCCUUCGAAUUUUGGACUUUGUUUUGGAAGAUUACGCUCAGUAUACAAUUCCCUUCAAAAAACCCCAGAAUUAUUAAACAAAUAUAAUGACAUUAUCUCUGAGCAAUCUCGCUUGGGCAUUAUUGAAAGCCCUCCAAACCCCAACUCUUACUCAUAUCCCCUUCAUUAUUUGGCACACCACCCCGUUGUCCAGCCAGAAAAGGGAAAGGUCAGAAUUGUUUAUGAUGGAUCAGCCCACACUGGAAAAACCCUCUCUUUGAAUGACUGUUUACAUCCCGGCCCCUCAAUCGUUCCUGAGCUAGUUGGCCUACUUUUCCGCUUUCGUAUACCCAAAAUCGCUGUAAUAUGCGAUAUAGAGAAAGCUUUUUUACAAAUAUCUGUACACCCAAGCCAUCGAGAUGUGACCCGUUUUUUAUGGCUAAAAGACAUUAACCUUCCCCCCUCUCCUUCCAAUAUUAAAAUCUUUCGGUUUGCCCGAGUGGCAUUUGGAUUAGCCCCUUCACCCUUUUUAUUGGCUGCAACUAUUCGUUCUCAUUUAUCCAAAUAUUCUUGCCCCUUAUCCAAAGAAGUUGAGAAUAAUAUUUAUGUGGACAACAUUUUAAUCAGUGCCCAAACAACAACAGAAGGAAACGAGAAGUGUAAGUCUAUUUCCCAAAUAUUUAAAGAAGCAAAUAUGAAAGUACGGGAAUUCGCCUCUAAUUCUUUAAAAGCCAUUGAAAUUGUACCAAAGGAAGACCAACUGCCCGGACAUUCCCACAAAUUCCUAGGUAUCGGUUGGAAUACCUUAAAGGACCUUUUGAGUAUAAAGAUACUUCGUCCAUCUUUUAAAUCCCCACCUUCUAAACGGUCGAUCCUAGCUUUCACCGCCUCACAUUACGACCCUCUGGGGUUGAUCUCCCCUAUUAUAUUACCCUUAAAAAUUUUCCUUCAAUCUCUUUGGAAAGAAAAGCUAAAGUGGGAUGAGAAAUUGAGCCCCGAGGCAGUAAAAGAUUGGAAUAAAUUACAAAAUAAUUGGAAAGAAGAGGUGAUUACCGUACCCCGGCGUUGCUUUUCCUCUGACACUCCCGGCCAGACCCACGAAUUACACUGUUUUACCGAUGCCUCUUCUUUAGCCAUGUGCGCUACGGUAUAUCUCAAAACUUCCAGUCCCAAUUCAUCCCGCUCCGAGGUUUCCCUUCUGUUUAGCAAAACCAAAGUCAAACCCAUUCCCAAAAAAGGCACUAAUCUCACAAUCCCACGCCUCGAACUCAUUUCUGUCCAGAUGGGUUCUAAAGCCCUUAAAUUCGUAUUAAAUCACCUCAAUAAUAUAACGAUACACCCAACCUUGAAUCUAUGGACUGACUCCUCUACCGUACUCUCUUGGCUAAAUUCAACAACACCAAUACCGUAA